GUUUUAUUUUACAGAUUCUAAGUCCAAAGAUUUCAAAUUAGAGAGAAGCAGCAGCAGAAAAGGAGAGAAAAACAAGCAAGCGUGAUGACACCACCUUCAUCCUGACAUUCUGACAUUGAGCCUGUGGAGAAACACCGUCCAUGGUUAAGUCGCCUGUUCUAGCUGGGAUCUGUCCGCUCAGCUUCCAUAAUAAAUGCAGUUAAAGGGGCAGGCACGUCUCAUCAGUCACAAAGGUCUUGUUUUUGAACCUCAUCCUCACAAAAGCCACUUCUCAUCAUGCCAAGCCAACAGAAGAAGGUCAUUUUUUGCAUGGCUGGGGCAUUAAGCUUCGUGUGUGCCUUUGGAGUCGUGACAGCCCUGGGGACACCUUUGUGGAUUAAAGCCACCUUCCUCUGCAAAACUGGAGCUCUGCUGGUCAACGCCUCAGGGCAGGAGCUGGACAAGUUCAUGGGCGAGAUGCAGUACGGGCUUUUCCAUGGAGAGGGCGUGAGGCAGUGUGGGUUGGGAGCCAGGCCCUUUCGGAUUUCAUUUUUCCCAGAUUUGCUCAAAGCGAUCCCAGUGAGCAUCCACGUCAACGUAGUUCUCUUCUCCGUGAUCCUUAUCGUUUCAACCCUGGUGGGGACAGCCUUCUUCAUGUACAAUGCUUUCGGCAAGCCCUUUGAAACGCUACAUGGUCCACUGGGGUUGUAUCUUUUGAGCUUCAUUUCAGGCUCCUGCGGCUGUCUUGUCAUGAUACUGUUUGCCUCUGAAGUGAAAAUCCACCACCUCUCAGAAAAAAUUGCGAAUUAUAAAGAAGGAACGUAUGUCUACAAAACGCAAAGUGAAAAAUACACCACCUCGUUCUGGGUGGUUUUCAUUUGCUUUUCUGUUCAUUUUUUGAAUGGGCUUCUAAUACGACUUGCUGGAUUUCAGUUUCCUUUUGCAAAAUCUAAAGACACAGAGACAACUAAUGUAGCCGCGGAUCUAAUGUACUGAAAGGCAAACAUUUCUGUGAUUUUCACAGUAAGGGAGUAGAAUGGUUUUGGUCA